AUUUGUUGUGGAUGAAGCGCAUUGUGCGUCCAGCAUGGGUAUUGAUUUUCGUCCUGACUAUCGAAAGCUUUCAAUCCUUCGCAAGCUCUUUCCCGACGAUCCUAUCCUUGCGGU